GGAUUUCCGGUUCCGGGAGCAACGAACAGCGGCGGAGGGGACUGCUACGGUUUCGACGAGGCGGCUGCGGAGGAGGAAGAGUAGAGCUAGGCGGGACGCGCGGGCGGGACCCUCACCAUGGGUCCGAGGCCCUAGAGCGGCGGGAGCUACGGGCCUGGUGCCAGGCUGGCUGCUGCUGAUUCCUGAGGCCUCCAUGGCUGAGGACUGGCUGGACUGCCCAGCCCUGGGCCCUGGCUGGAAGCGACGUGAAGUCUAUCGCAAGUCAGGGGCCACCUGUGGUCGCUCAGACACCUAUUACCAGAGCCCCACAGGAGACAGGAUCCGAAGCAAAGUUGAGCUCACCCGAUACCUGGGCCCUGCGUGUGAUCUCAGCCUUUUCGACUUCAAACAAGGCAUCUUGUGCUAUUCAGCCCCUAAGUCCCGUCCUGUGGUGGUCCCAAGCAAGAAACAAAAGAAGGCUUCAAAGCCAGCCAAGGCUCAGAAACGACAUGUUGUAUCCCAAAAGAAUAAAGUCAGGAAGGAGACCAGAGAAGAUGAAACAAAGGCUGAUACUGACACAGCCCCAGCUUCAGUCCCUGCACCUGGGUGCUGUGAGAACUGUGGAAUCAGCUUCUCAGGGGAUGCUACUGGAAGGCAGCGGCUCAAGACAUUGUGCAAGGACUGCAGAGCACAGAGAAUUGCUUUCAACCGGGAGCAGAGGAUGUUUAAGCGUGUGGGCUGUGGAGAGUGUACAGCCUGCCGAGUAACCAAGGACUGUGGGGCCUGUUCCACCUGCCUCUUGCAACUGCCCCAUGAUGUGGCCUCAGGGCUGUUCUGCAAGUGUGAGCAGAGACGCUGCCUCCGAAUUGUGGAGAGGAGCCGAGGGUGUGGAGUGUGCCGGGGCUGUCAGACCCAAGAGGACUGUGGCCGUUGCCGAGUCUGUCUUCGCCCUCCCCGCCCUGGUCUUAGGCGCCAGUGGAGGUGUGUGCAGCGGCGCUGCCUUCGGCACCUUGCUCACCGGCUCAGUCGCCAUCGUCAACGAUGUCAGCGACGCCCUCCCCUGGCUGUGGCUCCCCCUGCUGGUAAACGUGGCCGCCGCAGGGGAGGCUCUGAAUCCAAGAUGGUUGCCCAGCGGCACUCCCAAGCUCAGGCACUGCCUACACCUCCUGCAACAGAGCCGCCAGAGCCUGCAGAACUGCAUGCCAGCGCCCUGGUGCCCUCACCACCUGCCGAAGUCAUCUAUUACUGGGUAGACGAGGACGAGCUACAGCCCUACACGAACCGCCGGCAGAACCGCAAGUGCGGGGCCUGUGCAGCCUGCCUACGGCGGAUGGACUGUGGCCACUGCGACUUCUGCUGCGACAAGCCCAAAUUCGGGGGCAGCAACCAGAAGCGCCAGAAGUGUCGUUGGCGCCAAUGCCUGCAAUUUGCCAUGAAGCGGCUGCUGCCCAGUACCGGGUCAGGGUCUGAGGAAUGGGCAGGAUCGCCCUCACUUUGCCCUCGUCGAAAGAGGCCAGGUUCUGCUCGGCGGCCCCGCCUGGGCCCUACUAUGAAGUCCCCUUUGGCUACACGCACAGCCCGACCAGGCCGUGCCCAGGCUCCACUGAAGCAGGAAGCUGGUGGUGGCUUUGUGCUGCCUCCACCUGGCACCGACCUUGUGUUUUUGCGGGAGGGCGCCAGCAGUCCUGUGCAGGUGCCGGGUCCUGCUACAGCUUCUACAGAAGCCCCAUUGCAGGAGGCCCAGUGCUCUGGCCUGAGUUGGGUUGUGGCCUUACCUCAGGUGAAGCAAGAGAAGGCAGAUGCCCACGAAGAGUGGACACCGGGCACAGCCGUCCUGACUUCUCCCACAUUGCAGCCUGACUGCCCUAGCAAGGCAGUAGACCCGGGCCUUCCACCUGUGAAGCAAGAGCCACCUGACCCUGAGGAGGGAAAGGAGGAGAACAAGGAUGGCUGUGUCUCCGAAUCGGCCCCAGAGGAGGAGGCAGGAGGGGCUGGCACACCCGUGAUCACGGAGAUUUUCAGCCUGGGUGGAACCCGCUUCCGGGACACAGCAGCCUGGUUGCCAAGGUCCAAGGACCUUAAAAACCCUGGAGCUAGAAAGCACUAGACUGGAGGCUUCUGCAGACUAUAGAACUCAAGGUGAUAUUUGCAGACCGGCUUCACAAGACAACCCUGAUCUCCUAGGGACUGGACUGUAGUUUGUUUGCAGGGCUGUGUGUGUCAACCCUAAAAGGAAAACUUCCCAGCAAACUUGAGCAGGCCUACUCAGUACUUCAAACUUACAGGAAGCAGCUGUAAAUGUCAGAAUAGAAAGUUGGCGCAUCUUCUCCCCAAAGGAGAGAUUGGACUGAGGGGUUGAGGUUGGCAGGGAAGAGAAUGCAGUUAAAGCCACCACAAACAACCUAAGCCCCCUGCCUAAAUUAAGUGGCUUCUGAUGAGACCUGGCAGUGUCUCUAAACAUUUUCUCAGGGAGACAACAAUUGAAAAUGCAAUGUGAAUAAAUGAGGAAAAGACAGUAACUGCUGUUCAUUGAGCUUCUGGAUCCAAUGUUUUGAGUCCUCAAAGCAGUCUUUUUAGGCAGCAUUGACCUGUGCAAUUUUGCAGAUGAAAAAACUAAGACUCAGAUGAGAUGAACUUUCCCGGUAUCAAAUAGCCAGUUGGUAAAGCUAGAAUUAUACUUGGGCUAUAAAGGCUUUGUUCUUUAAGGCACUAAACUGUUAACUGCAAUCCUAUGUGCAAUAAUGUGUAAUAUUGCAGUGAUAGUUUUCAGUGACUUUGAAAAUACAGUAGAUUACUGUAAGUAAUGUAUAAAUCCGUUAUACUCCUACCGUUAGCAUGGUUUAAGGAGUGCCAAAGCUACAUGAAUGGGGUCACCUUGUUUUCAGAGCAGCUCUUGUAGAAACUGGGUUCACCACUGGCCCCAUAUGCUGCAUAAUAAUUUUCAAACCCUAAAGGGUGUCCUCAUUGCCUGCUGUCCAUUUUGCUUGUCAGACUGACUGCCCAACCUUAGAACCAUCUUUGGAACUAAAGCUGCCAGCCUGGCCCAUCUGGCAAUAGGUGUCUCCUGCCUUCUCAUGAUCUCCCUGCUUGGUUCCUGCCCCUCAACCCAAAUGUCUACUAGAAGGCUAAAUCCUGCCUCGAGUUCUGUUCUAGGGCCAGUCUUGGCUCAGCCUUACCUCAGUCAGCAUGCUUCAUUCAUAACAUGCCAAAAAGAUCAGACAUGUAAUUUGUUAUUUAGCUUUAUAGGGCCAAGACUGACAGUGCCUCCUUAAAUUUUGUAUUCUCCCUUGCCUUACCUAGUCCCAGCCCUACAGCAGUAGUUAAUUUAGAUAUGGAUUUGUCAUUUCCCAUUUGUAACUCAGAAGAUACAGUUCUCUGCCACUUUCCUCUCCUGGUCCUCUGCCUUACCUUAUUUAGCCCAGCCCCAGCCAAGACUGGGUAAUCUUACUGCUUUCCCCCCUAGGGUCCAAUACCGCACCCUAGUAUUCUCGUAAUUCUGACAGUGAUGUUCUAAGGAAAAUUUAUUUGACUGGCAUUCUGACUCCUGAGUGAAGAAUCUUAUUAAUGUAUGAGUGAAUUAGGGUACAAUCAGAAGAGCAGAAGCACCAAGAUGUAGAUGAUUUACAUAUGUAUUUCAAGGGGUUUGUCAGAAGGAUUUGAACCUGUGUGAUUAUCGGAGCAGAUUAAACAGUCUGUGCCAGGCUGUUGUCUAAUGCUGGAGCUUGAAGUCUGCAGUGAGGCAGUUGGGAAGGGAAGAUGGAUAUCAAGUGUGGGAGACUGAUGACACACUGGAGCCCACAAGCAAGUUAGCACCAGUGUGGAUGGCCUGGAACACCCAUAUCAGUCUCUUCCUGUCUCCCACUGUGAUGUGGAUAUUCUGCAGAAGAAACUGGUGCUUUUCCUCACAGUUAAUGCAUCUGGCCCAAGAUUAAAAACACUGAUAGAAGAUCCCAGGGAAGAUGGAGCAGCUGCAGGCCUAUCUGCUGCCCCACACCAACGGGGUGAACCAGCAAAUGAGUGACAGCGUGUGUGAACUGCAGCAGCACGUGGUGUCCUCUCACCUCUCCCAAGUGUGAAAACAGUAUGCUACUUCAUUUCUGUUCUCCAGUUCUCAGGCAAAAUGCCUCUUGUGGCCUGACCUAGCCAAGAAGCACACUGAGAAUGGAGUUCUGGGAAACAGCCUAGCCAAGGUGACAUGCUACAAAGCCACUUUGCCACGAAUCAGCUCCUGAGAGUCUCACUACUCACCUGAGGAUAACUUGAUAAAGCUACAUUAAUGAAAAUGCAAAGCUGAAGACCAUAGCAAGUACAGAAAUUCCACUCCGCUCGUCCAGAAUAAACUUGCUGGUCUCAUCUGUCUUUGUGCUAUUCAGGUAUUGAGAACCUGGCCCAUGGUAGGCACUGUACUUAAUACUGGGAUACAGAAAUUAAGAUAUGGCCUAUGGGAUUUUAUUUAAUGUAUCAAUGUGUAUUACAAGUGGUGAAUGCCUUUCGAAAUUUGUCAUGGAAUGUAAUGCUGAAUGGAACUCAUGAAAAUAUGGGUAAUCCAGUCUUUGUGAGAACCUUGUUGGAGCAUAGAAAAAAUUGGAAAUUUAGUUUCUGACUAAGCAGUUCUAUUUAAAAAUUACUUUUAAAUGAUUUUUAUUGUCCCACUUAUUGAUUUGUAUGUUUAACAUUUCUUUGGUGUGUGUCUUGAUGUUGGUAAUGGUGUCUACUGACUGACUUGAGAAACGAAGGCUGUGGGUGGCAGGAUCAGGAUCAGUUCUGUUGAAGGACCCAUGCAUAUCAUUUCUGUAGGCUUUUGAGGGGGUGACUGAAAUCUGAGGCUCUUAGUGCUGGACACCUGGCCAGCCCUCCUGUCUUUCCAGGGGCCCGCCAGGUGGCCGUUCUGGAUGAACGACUUCCAACCAGCUGAGAAUCAUUACCCUCACCUGUGGUGGCUGGCUGACCCUGCUGCCCUGGGGCGGGGCCUCUGCCCUGCACGAGGCCAGUUUGUAGGCCAAAGUGAAAAGGAAGCAACUGUCUCUGUUCAAAUAAUGGAGAAAAAGACAACUCCAAAGCAUAGUUAAAUUGCCAGGCUCUCCCAAGGUGAGAGCAUGGCACCACAGCCUCCAAACCGGAGAUGGUAUUUAAAAAGGCAGUCGGCUGUACACGGGCUUCCCUUCGAAGGCCUCUGAAAACUUGUUCUGAUGGUCAGCUCUGAACAUCACAGCACGUCGUCGGACUCUUACCCAAUUUUGCUGGUGUGGAGGGCACCGGGCACCAUUUUUAGUGUCUCUUCUCCCAGAGAGGGUGGGAUGGAGUCUACCCAGGCUCACUAGUGACCCCAAACGUUUAAAAGACAAAUGCAGACAUCCUGGAACUACAACCCUUCAGAACACUGUUGAGGAAACCUAGAAAUUUUUCUAACUUCUUUCUCUUUU